AUCCUCCGCCCAGAGAUAUCCACUCACUUCCUACCAAACCUUGUAGCCGAUGGAAGAACAGUCGUAGACCUACAAAACCUCCUCCGUGGGCUAUCCUUCCGGGUCAUAUGCCGAGUGUUUCUAGGCCCAUCCACUGCUCAUUUACAGUUGGCGGAGGCAUUGGAUGUCGCAUCUGAAAUAAGCGCGGGGAGGGGGUCGGCACCAUUAGCUUUCUUGUGGAAGGCCAAACGAGCCCUUGGAUUUGGUUCAGAGAGGCGCCUCCACGAGGCCGUCGAUCUCAUUCAUCGUUUAGUGAUGGACAUUAUCCUGAAAACCAGAGAAAUGAAUAAUCCGCCGAAUAGUUUUCUCUCACGUCUUCUUGAAAAGGGAAUUCAUGGAGAUCAAGAUGAGGAGAUAAGAGAUAUGGUUAUAAGCUUUCUCAUGGCGGGGAGG